GCCGAUUUAAGGGAAUUGUCGACAUGGCGUGCCAUUAUACAUCUGUAAUGGAAAAGUUUUCGACAUUUUACCCAAAUGGAGAAGGAAUCUCGGCGAAUGAACUAAAUCGAUCGAACCAAGAUCUUGAUUUGACAAAGUACAUGGAUAUUGAUGAAUUCAUUCAAGUUUUGCAAGAAACGGAACGAAUAACACCGUUUGGAAGGCUAAAAGCCGAAGCGAAUGUUAACCUGGACGAUGUAAAUACUGUUAAAUGGUUCAGCCAUCAAAUGGAACAGCCAGGGUUUAAUCAAUCGAAGAAAAAAAAGAUUCCGUUGACAUCAAGUGUUUUGCAAGUGAUAGAGAUGGACAGAAAAUUGCGUGAUAUGGACACGAAGAGCAAUGUUUUGCCUCUGUACAGUCCUGAACAAACCCAGGAAAUUCUGGACGAUUGUGCACUUACGAACUACCUAGUUCAGUUGUUAAGCGAUAAAGGGAAUUCCAGUUAAUAUUCCAGAAUAUGUUGUGUUUUGAUGGGGUGAUACUUAAAUGAACAUAAAAGAAAGUGGCUACAAACCCAAAUCGUCGAUGGAUCAAGUUGCAUGCCGCGAUAUUAGACCACUGGCAUGACUUCGUUUAUACUUCGAAUUUUGUUUGAUCGUAGCUUUAUUUCUUAUGACUUUUGGGAGUUAUUGUUGCAACAAAUAUUAGAUAAAAUAAAUUACUUGUACAUAGCAUUGAGAAACGCAAAGAACAUUCGCGUGUUCGGGCCAACCUGUGCACGCGAGAUAGCGUGUGAGUCUUGCAAUUACGUAACACACGUGGGUUGAACACGUGAGUCUGGUUGUCGCUGGUAAGAACGUGUUUAUACACCAGACAUCUCAAGCAGCAGAAACGUCCUAGAUUGUUGUUUUAUUAGUGUACGGAUUUAAAGGCGAGAAAACGAGAAGGAACGAUACACAUAGGGAGAGACGGAGAGAAUGGAGACUGUAAAUUGUUAAAAAUUGAAAUUUUGAUGAGAAAUUAAAUUUAUAACAGAAAUUGAAUUUAUGUACACACUGCUUGUAGACGACCUACACUAGCCAUUGGCUGUAGCUCUUAUCUCACCAGUUUUUUUCCUCGACAAUCCUGAAGUUCUGCGAGUAGUUAACGUGUUUUUUUUUCUACCACUUAAAGGAAUUUUGUUUCAGCUGCAAGACGUGCGUCCUUCAGUUGAUGGAUCUGGUCAGAAUAUUUCCGCUGAGCAAGGAAAAUUAAGGGUUGACAGUCAGCUUGUAGAAUAUUCGCUUUUUCUUCCCGGAAGAAAUUAAGCCAUGCUUGACGAAAUAUUCUGAAAACUGAUUUGUCAAACUUGGUCUUAUCUAAAACUCGGUCAGCCUCGCUUUUUCCUACCGUCAAGGUAGCUAUGUUGAACGAAAAAUGGAGAAUACUCUGUAAUGAAAAUGAUUUUAAUACUGUGUGUAUUACUGCGCUGCACGUGCCUGCUUCGGAGAUCACGCGUGAUCAAACGAUCGCAGGCACACCAACCCCCGCUCUUGUGUCUGUUGCCUUGAAAUCUACACGUCGAUCUAUGGUACAUGCAUAGAUAGAAGAGAUCAGAAGAGAUACAAAUACUACCGAGUUCCUAGUUUUCUCCAAAAUAUAGAUUUGAAUGUACAUUUUUCAGUAAAAGUUCAAACGAAAUGCCAACUGCGUUGUGGGUUUUUUUUAACCCUUCCCAGCUGUAUACCAUAUCAUUUUGCGGGAUCUCUUGUCUAUUGUCUCUGGUAACUCGUUCGUUUCAAACAGUCAGCUCGUCGUACACGAACCACGUGCCAAACUUUAACAGUCAAAGCCGUUGUUUGGAACCAACGUAAUGGUCAUCUGCAUUUCUUCUCUACAUUGUACCAUAGAUUGAUGCUCUAAUUUCGAUAGCAACAACACAGAUGGUAUGUGUUAAGGCUUAUUACCCACGAUGUUUUCCUCGUUUUUAGCGAUAGUCUUUCAAGCGUCAGAUUUUAACCCAUUCACCCCUGACCCGUCCGUAACCACCCGUGCUUGUAUCGUUUGUGACAUCAUCAGUUUUGAGGACCUUUAAGAGUUUUCAAACCAUGAGAGUCAUGAGACAAUUCACUCGGAAAAAUCCUGUGAAAUCUUAUGAAAAUCUGUGUCACCCAACCCACCUGCCCUUUCUUUCCAUCACGAGCUAUAAAUGGCUCUUGUUUCCAUCUAAUCUUACGAUCGAAACUAUCUUAAAGGGGUUUCCCG